GACCAUCUUGUGAUAUUACCUCUCAAUUACAUCUUGACACACUCAUUUCAGUAUUUUUCGUGUUAAUUUUCAUUUGGGUCGGAUAAAAUGGUGUAAAAAUUAAACCUUUAUUUUUUAAAUUUUUUUGCCCCUCUUUCUCUCUCUAGGAUUUUGGCUUUUGAGUUUCUCUCUCUCUCUUGAUGUUGUAUCAUCUGUCAGAUAUUAAUGGGGCACUGCAGAUUCCUGUGGUUUGCAACUUGGGUUGGGGCCUUUUCAACUCCAGCUGUCCCUAUUUGUAGCAAAGAGCAGUUGUUGGGAUGGGACCAAAUAGACCCAUCCUGAACCUCUCUGGUUUUUCAAGACAACAAUCAAUGUCAUUUAUGAUUUGUGUGUGAAUUCUACCCUUGAAUAUUUUCACCAAAUGUUUAAGGUUUUUACUUAAACCUGAAUUUAUUAUCUGUGUGUUUGUGUUUUUUACUCUUUAGGUUGUCUUUAUCAGAUUGAUGUGAUUUUUUUUUAAUUAGGAUGAAAUUAAUGCUAUCUAAUUGAAAUGUUGUCUUCGAUGGUAUUUGUUUCAAGUGUUUUGGGAAAAUUUUGGUGGGUGAGUUUCUUCUCUUUUACUGUCACACUCAGAAUUAGGUUUUACUACUUGAACUGUGAAUGAAAACAUGUUAGGUGGCGUUGAAGAAAUCUUUUUAUUGUUGGUUGGUUAAUGUGUCAGAAGCUUGACAGUGCGUGUGACUUUGUGCAUCCAUUUUUUCUUUUUGUUUUUUCUUUUGUUUUUUAUCAUGAAUAUUUUGCAUCCAGUGUUUUAAGGUGGAGAUUAGUUGUUAAUUCAAUUGAGUUCUUAUAAUACUCCGUUUUCAUACAACUACUGAAUGGAUUCUACAGUUGAGUAAUUCAUUGGAUGUUAAUGAGGUUGGUUUUCUUGCUUCUGUUAAGUUGUUGGAUCAAAACUAUUGAGAUUAAGAAUAUUUAAUGGAUUUUGUAUUCGAGUACAAGGUGGCUUUAUUAACUUCCAAUCUGGGAAAAAGACUUUGAACCAAAUUGUUAAUCACUGUGUAUAUUCCUACACCCUUUUUUACUUUAUGAGAUUUUAAUUUUUAACCUUACAAGUUUCACUGAUUCUGAGGCCUUUCAUGCCUAAUUAGUUAUUACUAUGAAUUACUGUCUGUUCCAUGGCAUGGACAGAAAACAGAAUAUGAUGCUGAGUGUGUUCAGUGAAAAUGAGUUCUACAGUGGCUAUACUUAUGGGUGAAAGUUUUGUGGGCCUGUGCUGUUAAAACUGUUGUUAUUAUCAGUAGGGCUAAGCUGAAAUUUUUUUUUUAUUGAAUGGGAAAUAGCUAUUUUGAAUGCCCUUUGCUUUCCCUUGUAGUCUUAUCUAUUCUUCCUUCUUUGUUUGUUUCUGGAAGGUCUCUUUCUCAAUCUGAAAUCCUAGACGGUUAUUACAUUGAUUUCAUUGACUGGCGUUCGCAUUAAUUUCUAGGUUUCAUUUCCCUUAAACCGUCAUGUAUUGCAUCCAUGAUUUUAUGGUUGUCAGACUGAGAUAUUUUUCCAUGUUCUAAUUGGACUUCUUUGCCUUUUCAUUCAUCAGCAAGUCAGAAAUUCACAAGUGUCUGGUUUUCUGAAUUUUGAAGUAAAUCACCUUUGAAAUUUCACAUACCUCAUAAGUUUUUUGGGAAACCAUUGGUAUUGAACUCUGUUCAGCUUCCUGCUAUUUUCUGCACAUCAGGCUGCACCUUGUAGUCCAACACAUCUGCUCCCUAAGUUUAUAGCAUUUAGCAUGCUGGCAAGGUUAAUAUUUGUGGUACUCACCAUAGAACAAAUCAGAGUUUGUGGCAUAUAAGAUGGCCUUAACCUAGAUUUAGAGCAGUUAGGUAGAAACUUUUCCUCUCCUUCUAAUAAAACUCGGUAGUUGCUUCAAACAAGACUAGAUGACUGUGGAUGAAGUGGAUAGUAGCUCUGAGUGGAGCAGAGAGCAGGAUAAAGCAUUUAAAAAUGCAUUGGCAACUCAUCCGGAAGAUGACUCAGAUCGUUGGGAGAAGAUAGCCGCUGAUGUGCCGGGGAAGACUAUAGAAGAAAUCAAACAGCAUUAUGAGCUCUUGGUUGAAGAUAUUAACCAGAUUGAAUCUGGUUGCGUGCCUCUUCCAUCUUAUAAUUCUUCUUCAGAGGGCUCAACAAGCCAUGCCAGUGAUGAAGGAGCUGGCAAGAAGGGCAGCGGUCCUGGGCAUUAUAGCGGUGAGUCUAAUCAUGGAACUAAGGCUUCAAGAUCAGAUCAGGAACGACGAAAGGGGAUUGCUUGGACUGAGGAUGAACACAGUUCAUUGGAGCCGGGAACUGAGCAAUCAAUGACUGGAAAGGAUUUGGAAAUUGAAGGAUACACAGUUGGGGGGCUGUCUAUUGGAGGCCAUGAAACAUGCGUCAUUUUCCCCACACUUAAAGUAGCCUUUGAUAUUGGUCGCUGCCCACCUCGCGCUGUUUCCCAGAACUUUCUUUUAAUCACCCAUGCUCACAUGGAUCACAUUGGAGGACUUCCUAUGUAUGUUGCCACACGUGGUUUGUAUCGUAUGAAGCCCCCUACGAUUAUUGUGCCAAUUUCAGUAAAGGAGGAUGUAGAGAAGCUUUUUGAGAUUCACAGGAAAAUGGAUCAAUCAGAACUUAAGCACAACCUGAUUGGCUUGGAUAUAGGAGAAGAGUUUUAUUUGAGAAAGGAUCUUAAAGUAAAAGCUUUCCGGACUUACCAUGUUAUACCUAGCCAGGGUUAUAUACUAUAUUCUGAAAAACAGAAACUUAAACCAGAGUAUGUUGGCCUUUCUGGAAAUGAAAUAAAGAAUUUGAAGUCAUCUGGCGUGGAGAUAACGUACACUUUGACAGAACCAGAAAUUGCUUUCACGGGAGAUACCAUGUCAGAUUUCAUAGUUGAUGAAAAUAACACAGAUGUCUUACGGGCUAGAAUUCUUGUAUUGGAGUGCACCUUUGUUAACAAUUCAAUCACUGUGGAACAUGCCAGAGAUUAUGGACACACUCAUCUGUCCGAGAUAAUAAGUUAUGCUGAGAGUUUACAGAACAGAGCAAUCCUUUUGAUUCACUUUUCGGCUCGUUACACAGUAGAGGAAAUUCAACACGCUGUAAGUGCAUUGCCUCCCAGUUUAUCUGGUCGAACUUUUGCGCUUACCGAAGGUUUCUGAGUCCCUGACAAGUUGGGAGUUUGGUUGAUACAUAAAAAUGACUAUGGAGCUGUUUUUGCCUCCUCCAAACCCACCUGAGACUAUUGGACGCAGUUAGAAUGUACUGUCAUCAUUGAUGACAAAUGUGGGAGAAGUGGAGUGCAAAGCCUAAUCCACUGAUGCAUAGUAUGUUUCGAUUACCGUAUGAAUCACCAAAAACGUUUAUUUGCACAUUUCAAGAGAGAAAACGGAGAAGCAACACCACUGUUUCGUUGAAUAUAAUGUAUGUUUGCGUUGGAACGAACUAUUUUCCAAACAUACACUAUCACUCUAUCAGCUACCUUCUUUAUUAAGUUGUUUCUAGUAAUAUUUAUUUGGUAUCUUUUGAU